CGAGGGAAAGAAUUGUGCAGCUGAAAAAGCAGCUCCCGGCAGGAGGGAGGCAGGGUUUUUUGGAGGGCUCUUAGCAACGGCUUUGGUUUGGCUCUCCCCAGCCGGGAGAGACUCAAAUUCGUGUGCACUGGUGCAGGCCCACGUAGCAGCUGACUCUGGGCGCCAGGGUAGCUUUCCUCCUGCCCGUGAAUUACCUGCUCUGUCGCCUCUCAGGUCCCUACCGUUGGAAAGAGCCACUGAGAGGAGGAGGAAAGGACCAGCACCCGCCCUCCUUGGUGCCUGGGGGUUCGGGCUGGAUCGUGAGUCAGUGCACAUCCUCUCGGCUCAUUGAUAGGCGGGACCGAGAGGGGGGUUCCAGCCGGCGGGACCGGCCGGCGCUUUAUUCUGGAGUCGCUGGUGCGUGGCUGCGCGUUUCUUUCCCAUUUGUAGGUGAAACCCCAUUGGCUUCCUUGGCUCUUCGGUUUAAACCACGCCCGGCUUUCUGCCCGCUUUGCUGCUGCGGGGCCGGGCCGCUCAGCCACAUCACAGCCCCGCGUGCAGGGAGCCCCGGGCUGCUGCUGCCGCUAUUGUGUGGAUGCCUCGCGUGUCCUCUCUUCCGCCCAGAGAUGGCUAACAGGGGCCCGAGCUACGGCUUAAGCCGAGAGGUGCAGGAGAAGAUCGAGCAGAAGUACGAUGCGGACCUGGAGAACAAGCUGGUGGACUGGAUUGUCCUGCAGUGCGCUGAGGACAUAGAGCACCCGCCCCCCGGCAAGGCCCAUUUUCAGAAAUGGUUAAUGGACGGGACGGUCCUGUGCAAGCUGAUAAACAGUUUAUACCCACCAGGACAGGAGCCCAUUCCCAAGAUCUCAGAGACAAAGAUGGCUUUUAAGCAGAUGGAGCAAAUCUCCCAGUUCCUGAAAGCUGCGGAGAUCUAUGGCGUCAGGACCACUGAUAUUUUCCAGACAGUGGAUCUCUGGGAAGGGAAGGACAUGGCAGCCGUGCAGAGGACCCUGAUGGCUUUAGGCAGUGUUGCAGUCACCAAGGAUGAUGGUUGCUAUCGGGGAGAGCCAUCCUGGUUUCACAGGAAAGCCCAGCAGAACCGGAGAGGAUUUUCGGAGGAGCAGCUUCGCCAGGGACAGAACGUGAUAGGCCUGCAGAUGGGUAGCAACAAGGGUGCCUCCCAGGCAGGCAUGACUGGGUAUGGGACGCCCAGGCAGAUCAUGUAAGACACCGCAUCCCACUCCUGGAAGACAGGACAGGUGUUCCACACCAUGGUCUCUAUGAAAAAGAAAUAGUUAGUCACCUACUGACCUUCUCUUUCUCAAAGCCUCCUGUCCCCAGUUUUUGCAAGUGCUGCAUUUCUGCUGAGAAUCCACGUUGCCUACGCUGCCACCUUGUGUUCAUUUAGAACUAUGCAAAGACUCCGCUUUUCUCCUCCUGAGCUCCUUUAGCCCUAAAAUUUCCAUUUGUUUGAUUAUUUAUUUAUUUAUUUAUUUGCCAAACAACCUUCCUCUACCCCAACUUAUAGAAUGCACCUAAUAAACAGAUUAGUCUUGUGUCUUAAA